AUUCUAUUCGUUUGCUUUUCUACAAGACGAUAAUGGAGAUUUACAGGUUUCUCAUUGGUAUGAAUAUGAUCAUUACCUUAUCAUCAUUCUUCCUCUCUUUCUCCUCUUUCAUCUCAUUAGCAUCAGCUCAUACCGGCAACGAUGUACAGCCUCUUUCCAAGAUCGCCAUACUCAAAGCCACACUCUCGCUUCACGAUUCGGCUUCCGUGACCGCUUCUCCUCUUCUUCUUGGCAUAAAUGGAGAAGAUACUGAAUGGGUUAAAGUAGAUAUUGAAUAUGCAAAACCAUCAAAUGAUGACUGGAUUGCUGUUUUCUCACCUGCUAACUUCAAUUCAUCGAAUUGUUACACGGGUGAUGAAGUUAGAGUUUAUGAGCCGUAUAUAUGUACAGCCCCCAUAAAGUAUACAUUUGCAAAUUUCUCCAAUUCUGGAUACACAAAGACAGGGAAAACUUCUCUGAAAUUCCAAUUGAUUAAUCAACGAGCAGAUUUCUCCUUCGCGUUGUUUACUGGAGGGCUCUCGAAUCCUAAAUUGGUGUCGGUCUCAAAUGCAAUAACGUUUCUUAAUCCCAAGGCGCCGCUGUAUCCACGCCUUGCUUUAGGAAAAUCUUGGAAUGAAAUGACAGUAACUUGGACGAGUGGAUAUAAUGUAGAUGAAGUCGUUCCUUUUGUAGAAUGGGGUCCAGAGAGAGGACAUCAGAAGCGAUCAUAUGCUGGAACAUUGACGAUCCAUCAGAAUAGUGUGUGUGGAGCACCUGCUAGGACAGUCGGGUGGCGUGAUCCUGGUUUCAUUCACACAAGUUUUCUGAGAGAUUUAUGGCCAAAUACUGUGUACAAUUACAAGAUGGGUCAUCUUUUGCUCAAUGGUUCAUAUGUCUGGAGCAAGCUGUAUUCCUUCAAAGCAUCUCCAUAUCCAGGCCAAGAAUCCCUACAACGGGUCAUAAUAUUUGGUGACAUGGGAAAGGCUGAACGAGAUGGAUCAAACGAGUUUAAUAAUUUCCAACCUGGAUCUCUCAACACGACUGACCAACUAAUAAAGGACUUAAAGAACAUAGAUAUAGUUUUCCAUAUUGGAGAUAUUUCAUAUGCUAAUGGUUAUUUAUCUCAAUGGGAUCAAUUCACUUCACAGAUCGAGCCUGUUGCCUCAGCUGUACCAUACAUGAUUGCAAGUGGUAAUCAUGAGCGCGAUUGGCCGGACACAGGUUCUUUUUAUAACACUUCCGACUCUGGUGGGGAAUGUGGUGUAUUAUCUGAGACGAUGUUCUAUGUUCCGGCUGAGAACAGAGCUAAGCCUUGGUAUGAGGUGAAUUAUGGAAUGUUUAAAUUCUGCAUUGCUGAUACUGAACAUGACUGGAGAGAGGGUUCUGAACAAUAUCGGUUUAUUGAGAAAUGUUUUGCCUCAGCAGACAGGAAGAAUCAGCCAUGGCUGAUCUUUGCUGCUCAUCGUGUUCUUGGAUAUUCAUCGGACAAAUACUAUGGACUCGAGGGCUCGUUUGCAGAGCCAAUGGCUCGAGACAAUUUGCAGAAACUGUGGCAGAGGUAUAAGGUGGACAUUGCAUUUUAUGGCCAUGUACAUAACUAUGAGAGAACUUGCCCAAUUUAUCAGAACCAUUGUGUAAACUCGGAAACUUCGCACUAUUCGGGAGUAGUGAAAGGAACUAUACACAUAGUCGCGGGUGGGGGAGGAUGCGCUAAGUCUGAAUUCAGUAAUGUGAAUACGAGUUGGAGCGUGUAUAAAGAUUACGAUUAUGGUUUUGGAAAACUAACUGCGUUUAAUCAAUCCUCUCUUCUUUUCGAGUACAAGAAGAGUAGUGACGGUAAAGUUUAUGAUUCAUUCACCAUCUCAAGGGACUAUAGAGAUGUGUUAGCAUGUGUGCAUGAUGGUUGUGAACCUACCACAUUAGCAACUUGAUUGUAUAAUAAUAAUAAUUAUUAUUAUAUGGACAAAUAAGGUUAUUCA